AUGGGCCUUGUUCUAGCGCUGCAGCAUAGCUAUUCAAACCAAAAGGAUGGGGUUUGUCUUGAGACUCCUCAGCUCUCGUCGGAAUUUGUUGACUUACAUCACUUACCAGCUGAGCUUGCUCUCAAUAUAUUGUCGAGGCUCAAUGCCACUGAUCUAUAUCUAGCAUCUUGUGUUUGGUAUGAUCUUGCUUACGAUGAGGUGUUGUGGAAGAGUUUGUGCAAAGCUUCGUGGCCAUUUUGCUCGGCGUACAAGAAUGGCGUACUUCAAUCUGAGCUGUCAUUCCGUCGAUUGUACCUUAAGCUAGAUGAAGCGCGUUUGACAUUUAACGCAGACGCCUUUGAAAUCCAUUCCAGAAGCGUCGAUAUCUGGAAACGAGGCCCAGGUUCUACGCGGACUGGUGAAUUUAAAAGAUUUCCGGAACUAUUCAUUACCAAAUGCGUUAAGAGGUCUUUUACUGAACUGCCAGUACAAUCAUCAGAACCUAGCGCGUCAGCUUUCAUUCACCUGUUGGUUGGUCUGUUUUCCGAAAGAUUUACUCAAUGCAAUCCAGAUCUUGGGGUCACACGUGAUGAGAUCUAUUUACUGUGCUUUUCAAUGAUCAUGUUAUCCGUUGAUCUCUGGAGCCCAUCCAUCAAAAUAAAAUGUCUAAACGUGAAUUUAUUCGCAAUACAAGACAAGUGGCAACCACAACGUCGGAUGAGUUUUUGGGAAACUUAUAUGAUAAUGUGUAUAUUGUUGGGCAUGUCGUACUGA